AUGGCUAAAAUAAAGUCUGUUUCGAAGAGUAUCGGUACAAAAAAAAAAAAGCGGAGAGCGCACAGGGACCAAGAAGGCCUCCACCGCGCUGAUGGCACUACCGUAGCAACAAAAGAGCCCGAGACUCCAGAGCAAAUGUACUCGAAAGCUUCUGAUCUUUUCUUGCAACUUCAAAUCGACAAAGCUCUCUCCAUCGCGCAAAGAUCACUCGAUGAAUUUCUCGAAGUCUACCCUGAUAACCCACGAGCAUCCUACCCUACCCUCCUUCUCCUUGGCCAAAUCUACCUUGCAUUGGGUGAUGUCGAUCUGUCACGGGAGCACUACUUGAAAGCUACAGAGGUAGAUCCAGAUGGAAGCGAGACUGGUGCUGCUCCGUUCUUAUGGAUUGCGCAAUUGAGUGAAGUGGGUGGAGAAGAGAGUAUCAGGUGGUUCGAGAAGGCGUGUGCGAUUUUGAGGAAGGCGCUUAGGGAGUUGGAGGAGCAACAAGGGAUCGAGGAGUCUGAGAAUGCGAUCAUUGAGACAAGACGUCAGCUUGGGGAAACCCUUUGCAGUAUGACGGAAGUCUACAUGACUGAUUUAUCGUAUGUUAAGUUCGACACGUAUGAUGUGGUUCAGCAGCUGACAGAUGUACCCGGCAGUUUUGACCCUGAAGCCGGUUCGAGAUGCGAUGCACUUAUGACAGAAGCAGUGCUUGUCUGCCCAGAGUCUCCAGCAGUCCUCCAAACACUCGCCAGUGUACGAAUUUCGGAAGAGCGAAUGGAUGACGCCAAAUCUGCUCUAACAAGGAGUAUGGAGCUGUGGAGGCAUCUUCCGAACGACGACGUCAACAUACCAGAUUUCGCAACUCGAAUAUCCCUAGCGAGACUUCUGCUGGAGGUUGAGAUGGAGCCCGAAGCGGUUGAAGUGGUGGAUCAGCUUGUACAAGAAGACGACCAGAGCGUUGAAGCACUGUAUCUGGGAGCAUGGUCACGGUACCUUUCCUUUGAGAAAGGUUCCAACACAGCGAGCGAUUCAAGAGAUUGGUUCCGUCGUUGUCUUCGGCUGUACACAUCAGUGGACUAUGAAGAUGAGAAGCUAAGACAGCAUGUCGUUGAGAUGAUUACCAAGCUAGAUGAGAUAUUAGGACCACCCGUUAAGGAGGAGGAGGAGGAGGAGGAUGCUGAAUGGGAGGACGAGGCCGAUGUUGAAUAUGGAGAAGAAAUCGAGGUAGAAGAGCCGCAGGAAGAUGUCAAGAUGAAUGAUGUGGAUAUGAAGGGAGGAGUAACCUAA